AAUUAAAAAAAAAAAAAUUCAUUUCUAGUUCCUCCUUUUAGUGUCUUGAUCGUCUCGCUGAGAGAUUUGUUGUUCUGGAUCUUUUGGGGGAAAAAUGGCAGCGAUCUACAGUCUUUACAUAAUCAACAAAUCUGGUGGUUUGAUAUUUUACAAGGAUUGUGGAACGAAGGGAAGGAUGGACACGAAUGAUAGCUUGAGAGUAGCCAGUUUAUGGCACUCGAUGCACGCCAUUUCUCAGCAGCUUUCUCCUGUUAAUGGCUGUUCUGGCAUCGAGCUUCUCCAAGCCGAUACCUUUGAUCUCCAUUGUUUCCAGUCUCUCCCAGGAACAAAGUUCUUUGUGGUUUGUGAACCUGGAACUCCUCAUAUGAAGAGCCUCCUUAGAUACAUUUACGAACUCUACACCGACUACGUCUUGAAGAACCCUUUCUAUUAGGGGUGGGCAUUUCGGUUUAGUUCCGGGUUCGGUUUGGAUUCGGUUUGGUUUGGGUAAUUUGGAUUUUAUAAAACUCAAACCAAUUAAAACCAAAGUAGUUUUGGUUUGGGUUCGGUUUGGGUUUAAUUCGGUUCGGUUCAGUUCGGUUUGGUUUAGAUUUAGAUUGGUUUACAUUAUUAUGGUCUAGUUUGGUUCGGUGUAGUUCGGAUUGGUUAUAAAAUAUGAAGGCAUCAGUUUUAUACUUUUAUUAAAAAAUAAUCAACUCAUAAACGAUAUAGUGAGAAUAUAAAAACUUAUGCUACAUGAUUUUAUAUAUAAUAGUAUUAUUUGAAUCAUAUUUAUAAUUUUUUUUAAAGAUAUGGAAGUUAUGAAAAAUAAAAAACGAAACUUUAACUAAAAUUUACAAUAUGUUGAUAUAUAUACAGUAUAACCUCUUUAAAUUAAUAAUCGAUAGAUUAAUAUCUCUACUAAUUAAUAUAAUUUCAUAGUCCCAAAUUGAGUUUUUGGUUCAAUUAGUAUCUCGAUAAAUUAAUAAUCUCUAUAAAUUAAUAAAAAAUUAUAGUUUUGGUGUAGUCCCAACAUUAUUAAUUUAUAGAGGUUUCACUGUAUAUAUAUAUAUCAUAUAUAUUUUUACUAUAUAUAUAUAUUGGAUUAUCGGUUUGGUUCGGUUUAAACCCAAACCAAACCAAACCGUUCGGGUUGAGUAAAACAUGAACCAAUUGGGUUACAUAAAGAGCAUGGUUUGGUUUGGUUCGGUUUAACUUCGGUUUGGUUGGUUCGGUUCGGUUCGGUUUGGGUUUUUUGCCCACCCCUACUUUCUAUGAGAUUGAGAUGCCUAUUCGUUGCGAGCUUUUCGACAUCAACCUCACUCAAGCUGUUCAGUCUGAUCGCGUUGCUCUCUUAGGACGUUGACCUCCACAAGAUUGAUUCUCUGCUGUGAUCUCUUACCUCUUUGCCUUUUCUUGUUUUGUUUCCUCUAGUCUUCUUAUAACAUUUUAUAUCCGACAAACACUUGAACAUUGCAACAAAACCUUUGUGUUUUUUUUUUUAAAUGCCAAGAAAGAGCACCUAAGUUCAUAGCCUAUAA